UCAUUCCGUUUUGAGAACUCAAAAUGAAAACAACAUUGAUUCGGUUCAUUUACGCGGUAUUAGUUUGCCUCGGACUCUUCGUGUGCUCUAACGCCGAUCCACCAAAUGUUAAAUUAAUACAACAUUAUUUGGAUUCAUACGACAAUAUACGAAGCAGUUAUUUGAGCGACAUCAAUGAUUCGACUGCCUUGUUUCGCGAGAUUGAUCGAGAAAUUCAAAAUUUGAUGGAACUGCGACAUACUGUUCGCCGUCAUAUAAGGAACAAAGCUUCCCAAAUUCUCGCUAACGCGUUGAAUGGACACGAUGAGUCUCAGUUGAAUUCAGCACGUCAAGUAGUUGAAACGCUCUUAAAGAAAUAUGAAAUUCCUUUAAGUGAAGAUAUAGUUGACGAUGCCCUAGUGGAAGUUUAUAAUGAGGUAAAGCCUGCAAAUCUAGUGGAUCGUUUAUGGUAUGCUAUGCAAAUGAAUGAUAAGCAAUCUUUUGAAUUGACCGUACGAUCACAAUUGUCAUUAUAUUGGUUACACCAAGGCAAGGGCGCGGCCGACAAGGAUUAUUUUAAUAAAGUUAGUUACUAUUUUAAUAAAAUUAUAAAUCAUCCUUUAUAUGCGACAAUUGAUGAGUCACUUAGAUCCCGCAUGGAAAAGUCUUUAAACCUACUACCGAGCGCUUUCAAAAGUUUACUAUCUGAUGCAAAAUUCUGUCUAAUGAAUGUAGCGCAUUCUGAAUAUGUGUAUACGGCUUUGGGUGGUAGACCUGAUUCUGGUAGUCGUCGCAUAUGGGUUUGGCAUGAGAAGCGAUUUAUCGAUGACUCGGGCCAUAUUAAAGCCGCAGUAGUGAAUGACCCAAAUCAACUACUCGCCAAUUUAAGAGUGACUUUAAGGGGAAUCAAAUUUAAUGUCUACUAUUAUCGCACAGUGUCAAAUGGAAAUAUUAUCGCUGCUUGGGAUUCCAACGCACCACCGCAGCAUCAUGAAUGGGACGUUCAAUUGGUGAAUGAUGAUACAAUUGCAUUCUCACAAAACGGUUACAUAAUGUGCUCGGGUGUCAAUCACGAUCGCGAGAGGAGGAAUGUCUAUGGGUUCAAAGAUAACGAGCAUUCCUCUCAAACGAGUGUCUGCCAGUGGAAGAUUGGAUCUUGUGAUCGUCGUUAAUGAAUACAAAUGAAAAAUAUUCCUUAUGUAAGAUGAAAUCUGUUUUUAAU